AUGCCUAAAUCAAACGAUCAGCUCAAGAGCGGCGUUUCCCUUCCGGGAGCCGUAAUGGAAGAUGAGUGGAUGCCACCAGCUGUUAGACAGAAUACAAUUCUGUCUGCCUCAGCUCGUGGGCUCGUGACCAGCCGCGGUCUAGGUGGUGCUCAACGGAGGUUGAACAUCUCUAGACCUGCAGCUGGUCAUAUGAGGUUCACUCUUCCAGGAGCUGUGGAGGAUGAUAAGGAGUUUAGCCCGACAGCUGUUAGACAGAAUACCAUCCUGUCUGCGUCAGCUUGUGGGCUCGUGACCGGCAGCAGUGUAGGUGAUGCUCAACGGAGGUUGAACAUCUCUACACCUGCAGCCGGUCACGUGAGGUGUGCCCUUCCUGGGGCCGUAGAGGAGGACGAGUAUAGCGGAGCAGAUGUUAGACUGAAUAACAUCAUGUCUUCGUCAGCUCGUGGGUUCGUGACCAGCAGUGGUGUAUGUGAUGCUCGACGGAAGUCAAACAUCUCUACACAGGCAGCUGGUCACAUAAACCUUCCCCUUCCCGGGGCUGUAGAUGAUGAGGAGUGCAGCCGAGCAGCCGUUAGACAGAAUACCAUUCUGUCUACGUCAGCUUGUGGGCUCGUGACGGGAAGCAGUGCACGAGAUGUUCGGCAGAAGUCAAACAUCUCUACACCUGCUGCUAGUCAAGAGAGCAUCACCCCUCCAAGGGCUGCAAAAAAGGAGGAGAGGAGAAAGAAAAAAGCUGAUAAAAAACCAAAACAGCCAAAGGGAAAGAGCAUCCGUGCUUUUUUCCGUAGAACAGUCCAGGCUAUACAGCAUGCCUGCUGUAUCUGCCAAAAUGAGGAUGACCUGGAGUCAUCUGAUCCAGAUGAUCCUAAGCCAGGUCCAUCCAACCUGCUGUCAAGUACCCGUGAAGAUCCAACUGAUCUGCAGAAAGGUCCAUCUGGACUCAAGCAUACGGGUUUUCAAGAACCAGCCUAUUGCCUGGCUGGUUCAUUUACCUUGGAGACAACAGAAAUCCAAGAAGAGACUGAUCAUAACCAAGGUCCAUUCGACCCGGAGGAGCUUCGUGCUCAACCUGAUCAGGCUUUUUGUAAGCCAGGCCCUUUCGGCCUGCACGGAGCCCGUGAGCAAGAUAGUCCCUUCGGACUUGAGCAAGCGCGCCAUGAAGAACCAGCCUAUUGCCUGGCGGGUUCAUUUUCCUUGGAGAAAACAGAAAUCCAAGAAGAGACUGAUCAUAACCAAGGUCCAUUCGACUCGGCGGAGCUUCGUGCUCAACCUGAUCAGGCUUUUUGUAAGCCAGGCCCUUCCGGCCUGCACGGAGCCCGUGAGCAAAACAGUCCCUUCGGACUUGAGCAAGCGAGCCAUGAAGAACCAGACUAUUGCCAGUCUGGUUCAUUUACCUUGGAGACAACAGAAAUCCAAGAAGAGACUGAUCUUGAACACGGUCCAUUCGACCCGGAGCCAAGUGCUCAAAGUGAUCAGCCAGGCCCAUCCGCCCUGAACACUGCUAGGAAGUUUUCAUUGCUUUAUGAAGUGGGAAAGUGGAUUGGAAGAGGUGUCUUUGGCGAUGUCCAUGCUGGGACUCAGAAAUCUGAUGGCAGAAAGGUUGCCAUCAAAUUUAUUGACAAGUCGAAGCACUGUGACCGCUUCAUUACGAUGCAUGGACAUGCCAAGCCUCUGUGCUCCGAAGUGGCUAUCAACCUGAUGCUGCUAAAACCGGAAAAAAGCCCCUGCAUCGUGGAAAUGUUGGACUGGUUUGAAGAGGAAGAUCGGCGUAUCAUCGUGUUGGAGUUUCCAGAACCCUGCAUAAGUCUCUUUGACUUUGUCGAGAUGAAUGAAGAAGAUCUGUCUGAGGUCCAGGCACGUCACUUCAUGCGGCAGGCAGUGGUCGCAGUUAUGCACUGCAUUGACAGAGGUGUCUAUCACGCAGACAUAAAGCUUGAAAACUUUCUUGUCAAAACUGACACGAUGGAGCUGAAAUUGAUCGAUUUCGGAGUCAGCUUAAUUAUGCCAUCGUAUAGCAGUGUGCGACGCAUGGCUAUUGCAGAUAUGGUCGCUGAUUUGGGCAUUUUAUUGUUCAAACUGUUGCCUAGACCAAGUCCAUUUGACAAAAAUGCUGUGAUAUCCGAUGCGUGUAAAGACUUGCUACAUCGCUGCAUGGACCUCAAUCCAGACAGAAGGCCAACAUUAGAAGAAAUCUUACAACAUAAAUGGUUCGAUGAGGGAUAAAGAUCCUCAAAUUGACUUCAGCGAGCGAGAGCAGAGGCAGAAGUGUAGAAGUCAAAGGAGAAAAUGAAAAUUAAGCAUAAAGAAAAAAUAAAGCAAUCAUUAUUAAUGUUCAAUGUUUGUGAAUCUGGGGAAAAAUUUAAGGCCCUGGGAAGCUUUUAAAAAUAUACAUACAUAGAUACAGGUCAUUAAAGGGCUUGAAUCUAUCAAAAAAUUCUAGACUUUUUAAGCACACGUGCUAAACUGUUCGCUUUAAAUGCUUAUAUCUUCUGUAUGCGAAUGUUGAUUCAUACCAAAAUGCUUUUUUGCAUAGUUGUGUUUGACACAUGAAAACGUCUUGGGUUACGUAUUUAACUGUUGUUCCCUGAGAAGGGAAUGAGACGCUGCGUCUACCUUGCCAUACAUCCUGCGUCCCUGUAACGCCGUCUUUGGCAAUAUUUCAGAUAGUGAUAUACUUCCUGGCUCCCGCGUCAUCCUGUCUUUGUCGUUAAGCCUCACCAUUGGUUGAAUUUGAUAUACACAUUUAGACGCACUUACCCCUGCAGGCUUCCUCAAAGUGUCACCGCAGUGAAGCAGCGCAAGUUCCCUUGAAAGGGAACUGUAACAAUGUAUCUUAAAAGGUAACACAAUGUAACCUUGCUCUCACUUGAAAUGUGUCCCCACAUUUAGUCAUUGAAUUUGAGGGUAUUGGACCUGGAAAGUCCUUGAAAGGUCCUUGAAUUUGAAGUUAACUAAGGUGUGGAAA